CUGUUUCUAGAAAUCUGCGAAGCAUGACAUGUGCUGAUCGGUGCGGUGCGGUGCGGUGCCUACUUUCUAUUUCUUCUUCUUCUUCGUCUCCUUCACCGGUUAAAAAAGUGAAACGCAUAGAAGAACAAAAUAAAGAAAUAAUGGAGGGGACUGACGGAGUGACAAUCACUGAAACGUGGCUGAGGAAGCACACGCAGAUGUACGUCGGAGCCACGCGACAUCCUUUCAUUCUGGAUAUCCGCGAGGGUUCCGUCGAUCUCUCUUCCUUCAAGCGGUGGCUGGGACAGGAUUACAUAUUUGUGAGAGCAUUUGUCCCUUUUGUGGCGAGUGUAUUAGUAAAAGCUUGGAAGGAAUCUGAUGAUAAGUCAGAUGUAGAAGUAAUUUUGGGCGGUGUUGCUGCUUUGAAUGAUGAGAUUAGUUGGUUUAAAAAGGAGGCUUCCAAGUGGGGCGUUGCGUUGGACUCCAUUGCGCCUCAACGGGCAAACCUUGAGUAUUGCAGAUUCUUAGAGAGUUUAGCAGGGGCAGAGAUGGAGUACACCAGGGCAAUAACAGCAUUCUGGGCAAUUGAGGUUGUGUAUCAGCAGAGCUUUGCUCACUGCUUAGAAGAUGGCUCCAAAACCCCAGAGGAACUGAAAGAGACGUGCCGAAGAUGGGGCAACGACGGUUUUGCUGAGUACUGCCGUACACUGGAAAGCAUAGCAAACCGUAGAUUGGCGCAGGCAUCGGAUGAUAUGCUCGCCAAAGCUGAGCUCAUUUUCUUGCAGGUACUGGAACAUGAAGUAGAGUUUUGGAACAUGAACCAUGGAGGAUCCGCAUGAAUCUUUAAUUCCAGAGAUCAAAUCAAAUCGUUAGUGUUGUGUUACGUAUGACCAAUGGCUGGUUACGUUGCUAAACAAGUAUGAGCGAGUGUUUGCAAUUUUACUACACUAAGUGUUUCAAGCCAUGCAAAUAUCUUUUUUCGUUUGGAA